AUGUGUCCAAUCAUAUGUCAUUUGUUACCUGCUACAAUCGACCCACAGACGAAGAAGAGCAUGCCACAAUUUGUAGCCUAUGCCACUGCAUUAUAUUUUAGCUCUGGAGGAGAACAUGCAUUAGGUAAUCUACUAUUGAUCGCCAGCACAAGGACCAAUGAUUGCACUUUGUCACGGUCGCAUAUUUCCACUUUGGGUCAUUCACUGAUAUCUAGUCAAUGGAUGUACUCUAACUCAAGGAUGCUGACCAGCUCGACAUCAUGUACUGAAAACCCCGCAGUGCUAGGCUCCAUCUUCAUCCAUAUUACCAUUAAGCUCGUCCAAAGUAUCACCCAUCGACGCCAUAAUGCAGGCCAGAGCUGUGUCCAUGCGGCUUAG